ACAUUUUUCUAGUUAUUCUAAGAGUUAAAUCAGGAUUCGAGCGUCGUUCCAAUGGCAUCUGCUUUGUCAUCUUUCAAAAGACCAGUUAAUGGGGUUGGAGCAAACAAUGCAUUAUCAUUGAGAGAGACGCAACAAGAGGAGAGAAAGAGUCCAUAUCUUGGUGGUAGAGGACACUGGACACAGUCACAAGAUCUCAAACUCAUAGAGCUCGUGGAGGCUUAUGGUCUUGACAAUUGGGAUCUCAUUGGAGAGAAGAUGCAAGCAAGAACAGGUAAGAGUUGCAGAUUUAGGUGGUUGAACCAGCUCGAUCCAACAAUUAACAAGGCACCUUUCACUGUGGAGGAAGAAAAGAUAAUGGUAUCAGCUCACAAUUUCUAUGGCAACAAAUGGUCGAAGAUUGCUAAACACCUUAAAGGAAGAACAGACAUUGAUGUGAAGAAUCAUUGGAACGUUCAUAUGAACAGAACCGCAUGGAGAAGCCAAACUAAAACUAAGAAAAGAUGUUUCACUGCCGCUCUCAAUCCAUAUGGCUACCAUGUUCCUGGUAAUCCGAGUUAUGAAGGUAUCGGGAUCAAGAAGAACUGCAGCCGCAAUAUGCGAAAUGAGGAAACGACUAACCUCUAUGCUCAUCCUCGCAUGCCAGUGCAACUCUCAGGACAUCACCAUCACUUCCCUAUCUUUCCUGCAAGUGAUUCCUUGGCACUAUCCACACAGCUCUCCAUCUCCCAACCAUCAUCAUCACCAGAAGCAGCAGAUGUAAAGAUCAGAAAAACCCCGAAAUUUAUCGAUUUUCUCGGGGUAGGAGAUUCUUGAAGAAACGACUUAAGAACUUUGUAAUCAUGUAACCUUUAAUCCCUAUGAUGAGAAACGACUUAAGAACUUUGUAUUCAUGUAACAUAGCAAGGUUGCAAUUUAUACAAACAGAGAAAAGCAAGAGUUUGUAUUUCUGUUGUAAUUCUCACAUCCUAACAUUUGUUUCACUUUAAAUUUCCCAGCCUUACACAUACUAUGUAUUAGUGAAGUAUAAGUGAUAACACUAGGUGACAACCCAUGUCUCAACAUCUCUGCAUGCAUCACAAGAGCUUGAUGAAAGUUACCUUCUUUACAAUGAC